AUGACUGCAUUCGUCGACAUGUCCAAGAAUUACUCGUUCUACUCGCUUCCCAUAGCCUACUUCCUGGCCCUUUUACCGGGUGUCUACUCCAAAAGUCAAGCCAGCGGAACCUACGACCUCGCGUCCCCGCGGUCGUACCAGGAGGCCGUCCAGAAAGAUGAGAAGCUCGACAAGAUGACCAAAAACCGCAUCAUGCGUGCCGAAGCCGCAACCGCAAAUGGACAGGAAACCUUAUCCAUCUUCAUGUUGAGCGUCGUCGCCGCCAAUGUCUCCGGUGUGCCAGCGUCUACUAUCAACACCCUUUGUGCCACCUAUCUGGGCAGCCGCGUCGUUUACAACGCCGUCUACAUCUGGCUGCAAGAGAACCGCAAGUUCGCGCCGCUUAGAAGCCUCGUUUGGAACGUGAGCAUGAUCUCGUGGAUGACCCUGUUGGUCAAGGCCGGCAACAGAGUAUUUGCUGCUAGCUCCUGA